AUGUCGCAGCAGAACAGACCUGCCUCGCAAAGCCCGGUGCCAACCGAGGAUGAACAGCGACGGCUCAACCAUCAAAUCCGCUUGGUCAAAAAAGGCCUCAAAAAGGGGUCCUUCAACGCCGAGUACUGGACCAACUCGGCCGAGCUGGAGAAUCUCCAGCUCCAAAGGACAGAGAUAUCUCGAAAAGCCUCCAUGAGAGACUGGGAGGGUGCAGAGCCCUGGGAGAACAUACCAAGGGGUCAGGAAGUCAAGGCGAGCAUCUGCGCCCAUCAGGCAAGCCUCCGCAUUGCGAAAAAGCGUGCCGACAAUCUCGACCCCGAAAAUGCUAUUCACGACGAGCAGGACAGGGCUCGGCGUCAUGAAACGGGCACGGACGACAGAAACUCGGGGGACCAGUCUUCGUUCCGCAAGGAACUGAUAGCAACUGGUGAUGCAAAGCAUCCGAAAUUCGAAUGGCUUUGGGUCCCCGUUCUCGGCAGAUAUUGGCCUGAAGAGGAAGUCGUGGCCGCCCACCUCUUCCCGUGCAUGCACGGGCAAGAGAGCAUGGACGAUAUCUUCGGGAAGACCAAGUCACCAGAGCUUUUCUCCGCCCGGAAUGGCAUUCUUGUGCCCCGUUUCUUCGAAAAGUAUCUUAACGCGGGGAAGAUUUUGAUUGUCCCAGAUCUGCCCGACGACCGCCCGCCCCUGGCGGAGCUUCUUGCCUGGGUCUCGCAGGAGACACGCGAGUUUAAGCUGCGAAUCAUUGACCCUAAAUGGGAGAAACUCGACCAUCUCAUUCAUCUUAAUGAUGAAGAGACCUAG